AUGAAACUUUUGGGAUCUCUUCUCGUCGCCGGUGCCCUUGGUGCAAGCGUCAAGAGAUCUGCUAGCCCCAAGUCUGGACGACGAUCUGGAUCUCCCCGAUCUGCUUCCCCACGAUCUGCUGAUUCGCCGAAGAUGGACUCCCCUCUUGCCUCACCUGAUAUGUCCCCUGAAAUGUCCCCAGAAUGGGAGUUGGGUAUUCCCGAGGAAUUCAUGGGCGAUAAGGAGAAGAUGAAGAAAAUGGUGAAGAAAUUCAUGAUGAUCAAGAACCUCAUGAAAGAAGCCAAGCUUGGCCAGAACGGUGUCUUCGCUCCAGUCAAGAAUGACAUUGAAACUGAUGUUGAUCUCGAACAGAACUUCAUCACCAACAUCAACAUCGACUUUGACGACGACAAGCCCCGCCGACGACCUGAAUCUCCCCACCACAAAGGUCCCAAGUCCCCCGAAGACCAACAUGAGUCCCGAUCCCCAGUCAAAGAUGACGAACACGAAUCCCGAUCUCCUGAUCAUGAAGUCAGCAAGAUGGAUCUUGAGCAUUUCUUCGAGCUUCUUGAAGAAUACGACGGUGAUUUUCCAGCAUUGUUGGUGAACAUCCAAAACUUUGUCAACCAGAACAACGUGAUCGAUACCGACGUCAACAUGGAAAUUCUCAAUGGUGAUCAUGAUUUUGAGCGACCAGAAAAGCCCGAAGAACAGCCAGAAGCUGGAUGGGAAGUUUGGGAUGGCACCACUGGUGAUGAAGCCCGAGCUGCCUUUGAUGGCGAACGAGCUUUCAUCAAGUUCGUCAAUUUCAUGGAAGAACAUGGCGAAAAGCUCCCGCAAAUUCUCGUCAAUGUCCAGAACUUCAUCAAUCAAAACAACGUCAUGGACACCGAUGUGAACAUGGAAAUUCUCAACAGCGACCGAGACGGAGAAAAACAGGAGCCCGAACCUGAAGCCGAAUUCGGUUGGCCAGUCUGGGACGGUGACAAAACCGACUUCGAAGGCCACUCCUGGCGCGAUAUGGAAUUCGAGCUCGAGGACGUCCUUAUGUUCCUCAAGGAGAAACUCGACCUUGAAGAAGGCGACUUCAAACGACUCAUGAAGAACGAGAAGGCCAAGAAGAUGUUCAAGGAGAUCUGCGAGGAGGUCAAGAAAAUGAUGAAGAAGUAA